CUUUUAAGCUUGAGUCUACACUGGUCUACACUCUAUACAUUGCUUUGUUGUGCUCAGUUGUGCUCAGCAGUGCUCAGCAGUGCUCAGUUGUGCUUUAUUGUUUCAUUGUCUUUUUGAGAGUCUUCAAGUCAACAUGUUGAGCCUAUUGCGUCAGCCAUUACUCAAAUCUACUGCCAGAAUCACACGUUCUAGCACACGUUUUGGUGUUAAAAAUGUUGCACAACCGAUCCCACGAGUACUCCAAAGAUCAUAUGGAAAAUGUUCAAGAUGUACUGGAUGCUGUGGCAAUUUGGAUGCCGUGAAUCAACUAGCAAAAAGCAUCAACUGUGGAUUCGCUGUAAUCGGUUUCGGGGGGAUCGGACUUGCCUUCAUCUAUGUCUACCACUUUAUCAAAAAUGUCAUGGCAAGUCCAGAAAAUAAAAUUCCGGUCCAACAAAGAGUUCAUGAUUGUCUUGUCUUUUGUUGUUCUCAGCAGUGCUCAGCAGUGCUCAGUUGUGCUUUAUUGCUUCAUUGUCUUUUCGAGAGUCUUCAAGUCAACAUGUUGGGCCUAUUGCGUCAGCCAUUACUCAAAUCUACUGCCAACAUUUCACGAUUUGGUGUUAAAAAUGUUGCACAACCGAUCCCACGAGUACUCCAAAGAUCAUAUGGAAAAUGUUCAACAUGUGGAUGCAGUGGCAAUUUGGAUGGCGUGAAUCAACUAGCAAAAACCAUCGACUGUGCAUUCGUUGGAUUCAGUUUGGGGGCGAUCAUAUUUUCCGCCGGCCUCGCCUACGACUAUAUCAAAGAUCUCAUAAAGGGUCCAGAAAAUAAAAAAUCCGUCCAAGAAGGCUAGUCCUCUGAGGAUUCUUCUUUCCGACCA